UCCCACAUUUUCAUUUUGUACACCAUUUUCCGUUUUCCACAUUCUGGCUCGUGGAGAUGACCUCCCAACAGUAUCCCCCUUCGUCAUCAUCCCUCCAAUUCCAAAUCCAAUUCAAACCCACUUCAAAACUUCGCCUAUAUAUCCAACCCAUUUGGUAAAAAUGCAAACUUGGAGCCUUUGAAGAAGAAAAAAAAUGGAGGCUUUCGAUCUUGAUCUCAACUGUGCGGUUGUUUCUUCGGGCGUUUGUGAUUCUCAGGAGGAGAGUUAUGCGUCGGGCAGGAGCUGUGAGGUUGAGAAUGGGGGGGGAGGGUUUUGGAAGUUUCCAUUUUCGUGUGAGUCUAUGACCAGAAGCUCAGAGACUGAUGUUGCGGAUGGGAAUUAUGCCACUUCUGAUUUCAGUGAUGGUUUUGUUGUUGAAAAUAACAUUAAUGAGUCGUCUCUAAAUCACAUUCCCCACCCCAACCCUAGUAGUUGUUCCAAUGCUGCUAGUGGGGCUCAGUCUAGACUCUGUGCCAGAGGUCAUUGGAGGCCAGCUGAGGACACCAAGUUGAGAGAACUUGUGGCUCUUUAUGGCCCCCAGAACUGGAACCUCAUUGCUGAGAAGUUGGAGGGAAGAUCUGGCAAGAGUUGCAGAUUGAGAUGGUUUAACCAGUUGGAUCCAAGGAUCAACAGAAGGGCAUUUAACGAGGAGGAAGAAGACAGGCUAAUGCAAGCUCAUCGAAUAUACGGAAACAAAUGGGCCAUGAUAGCAAGACUUUUCCCUGGAAGAACUGAUAAUGCUGUAAAGAAUCAUUGGCACGUCAUAAUGGCCAGGAAAUAUAGAGAACAGUCUCGUUCCUACCGAAGGAGGAAGCUCAGCCAGUCUGUUUACAGAAAAAUGGAACAAGAUUUGAGUUUCCUUAAUCUCCCCAAAGAUGGAGACAACCCACACACGUCUACUUGUAGUUCCCCUUUUGGAAACUUUCAGGCUUCUGUUGGAGGACUUGAUUAUGGCUUUUUGACCCAAAUGCCCAUUGGUGGAGAAGGAGAAAAGCCAAUUUCCAAUAACCAUCCUUAUUUCGCCUCAUGUGCACAGCUUUCAGCUUUUAAUGCCCUUCCAGAUCCCAAGAGCCGAUUAUGGGAUGGAACAGGCAAUGGGUUUUUGAAACCACGUAGCCACCACCAGUAUCAGCCGUGCAACACGGCGGCUCCGCCGUCUAGCCACGGCGUCGGGGGCUCACAAGCACACACCGCAUCUCACGUUGUAAGAGGUGGAUCUUCGUCCGUUACGGCGGAGACGACCAAAUCACCGCCACCAUUCAUCGACUUUCUUGGAGUUGGAGCCACAUGAAGAAAGCGAAAUCUGAGACAAUUAAAUAGAGGAAAAAAAAAUAUCUCAGAUUAUUGGAGCGUAGAUUAUCCCACUGCUGUGUCUUGUAGUCAAUGAUAGCCCUCCUCCCAAGAAAAAAAAAUGGAAAAAUUAGAAUUAGAAUUAGAGGUUAUUAAAUCGUACAGAGUGGUGACAGUGAAAUUUGAGUGCUGGAACAUAUGUUGAUAUAUUCACAUAAUAGACAAUAUGUGUCCCUAAAUAUUCUUGUUUUUUUCCCUUA